UUUAAUACACUACUCAAACAUAAAAUACCAGUAUGAAGUUAAAACUAAUUUAUUUCAUCCUACCUUUAGCUGCAGGUUAUACAUCCAAAAUGUUUACAAAUGUGGCUAGCACUGUGUCUAAUUUAAUAACAUCACGGUGUUUCCACCAGCUGCAAGCACUUAUCGAUGACUUAAAUUCCAGUCGGGUUUCAUGGGGUUUUCAAAUGGUGGACGCCACUUCGGAAGUAUCACCAAGUUUUGGUACGUUAAAAUUCGGAGAUUUUGGUAAUUUUCGACAGUGUAUAAAUUCUACAACAAAUACUUUCGAUGAUGGGGACAGCACAGUUGGAAAGUACUGCAUUGGUUUCAUAUUUAACAGGAAUUUGACUUUCGGUGCACCACCCUCGAGACCAUCACAGUGGGCGCUAUGUGUACCAGAUGGGUGUAACGCAAAAGACGUUGAUAUCAUUGGGAAUUCCAUAUUGAUGGGUUUAUUAGGGACCGAAAACGAUGUUCGAAUUGAAUUUCCAGAAUUUCUCUGCCAAACUGUAGACGACGUAGAAGUAAAACUCCCAACAGGGGCAAUCUUGACGAUUUUUCUGCUGAUUCUCCUUUCGUUAAUCGUUUUUGUGUCAACUCUGUGCGACGUUUAUGAUUUAAGUGAGUAUUUGUCUCUUUUCGAGCAACAACUCUUGCUUAGAAUUUUGUCCCAUCAUUGUUAAAAGCUUUUCUGCGUACACCCAAGGCAAAAAAAUAUUUAACAUG